GGUACACCUUCAGCAGAGCACCAGCACAAAGCACUGGCAAGUUAUGGAAAGUUUGUAAAAACUUUAUUUAAGGCACUUCCUUGACACGCUCAACUGUGUGACUGGAGACUGGGGUGGCUAACUGGAAUUGAAUUGAAAACAAAGAAAAACAACGAGGGAAAUGUCCAUUAGUCGAAAGAACUGGUCAGCUCUGUCCAGUCUGACGAGACAGUGGACCGUGGAGGAUGAGGAGGAGGUGGAGCGGGAGAGAAGACGAAGGAUUCGCAGUACCAGCACCACCUCAGAGCCCCCCGACAGCAGCUCCAAUGAACCCGGGGAGCAGAAACCACACAGUGCCCAGGAUAAAGAGAAACCGGAAGAGGCUGAUCCAGAAAACCUUGCAUUCCUGGAGAUGCUGAAGACACGCGAUGAGCGCAGGAAGAAGAGGCAUCUGGAGACCCUGAUGAGACAGAAGGAGGGGGUGGAGGAGUGCCAGCCCAGCACCCCUGAGCCAGAGAGAGAGGGGCAGGGAGGCAGGGUGGAGGCUGAGGGAGAGGGGCAGAGAGGCAGGAUUGUCAUCGAGAGCAAAGCCCAGAGAGAGGGACAGGGAGGCAGGCUGGAUACAGAGGCUCAGAAAGACUCCAUGGGAGGGGUUCAGAGGGAGUUAAGGAACUCCACAGGACGAGGCAAAUUCAGGAUUGAAGGUGCUGGAACAGAAACUGCGACGAACCAAGAACCAGUAACAACACCGACAAAAUCUCCUCCCGGGAAAUUCGUGAGUUCCCUGUCCAUUUCCCUCGAUAAGAGUCAGGAGUUCCCAGCUGAGACUAAGAAUCUCUCCUCCCCUACCAGCCCCGCCUCCCCCACCACCCCCGUGGGUACCAGACCCACACCGAGAGAGAGGAGGGUCAGGACUGAGGGGGCUGCAGUGAGUGCGGUGGAGGAUGUGCAGAUGAGACAUCCCCCUUCCAGAGCCACCUCUUUCAGGGUAACGUCAAGAUCCGAGGACCCCCCCUCACGGUUUAACAGGAGCUCCAGUCUCAGGAUCCCCUCCAGAACCAAAGAAGAAAAGAUGAAGAGAUUAUCAAAGCAAGAGACUACACUUGAUGGGGAAUCUACCCCACCUUUCCAGAGGAACUCCAAGCUAAGAAUCUCUUCUCGGACCAUUGAAGAAAAGCUGGAGAGGUUGGCCAUGGCAGCACAGAAAUCGGAGCAGGUGAAAUCUCCCACUGCAUCUCGUAAAGACUGCUUCCUGUUUGCGGAUGAGGUAGCAAGAAAACGGGGAGUGUUUGAAAGAGAGGCGACGAGCGUGGAGAGAAACAGCGCCACCAGCAGGAAGGACAACCUGGACUUCUCAGCUGGGAUCUCAGAGCGAAUCAACCGCUGGAUCAGCAAAACACAGAGAUCUGAGAAAUCUCCUGGUCCCACGGACUUGAGGAAGGUGGACCUCUCCAGCAAGCGCAACCUGUGGGAGAACAGAUCCGAGAGCUCCUCUGCUUCUCCCUCAAAGAGAUAGAGUGACCCUAAGAGGUUCCGCAAACCAAACAACUCUUUCAAAAAGUGAAGAAGACAUGUGAAGUCAAGAAAAGCAUUUAAUGCAAGGGGUAUUCGUAAAGAUCAUUUUAUCAUUGUUUUCUGGGUUAUUUUAGUAUUUGGUAAAGAGCUAUUUUACAUGACUGAUAAUUUUUUUAUGAUAAUAUUUUUAAUGUAGGUUCAUUCUGAAGUGAGUGGACAUUUUCACACGCUGAUUUUCAGAUUAUAAAAACUCCAAAUGAAAUGAUAAACAAAGAGAAGAAGCUUCCUGCUCUUUUGUUUAAGAUUCUGACAGACAUUCAAAACGUGUUUUUCCCUGUUUUACCCAAGAUGUUUGUAUUAUUUCAAAAUAAAAGUUAUUUUCUAUA